AUGCAAGGGCGACGCAAAGCUUAUAAGCUUCUCAGCGGACGUUUUAGCUCAGCUAUGGCUUUUAUCCAAGCUCAGGCUGGCUCUACAAAUCUCGCACAGACAGAAGCAAACAACCCCUUCUUUUGCUACACGUCCGGCCGUUGGUUAUACAAUGAGCAGCUCCAAUUGGGAAGACGGUUCGUCAAAUUCAACGUUCCAGCUCUUCAGCAAGCUGCUGGUCAAGUACUUGGUACUCGAUGCGUCCAGAUGACCAAGCUACCGGAGGGGAUGUACAACAAGGUGUUUUCUCUGAAAAUGGAGAACGGCGAGGAAGCGUUGGCAAGGAUCCCAAAUCCGAAUGCUGGCCAUCCUCAAUAUUGCGUGGCUAGUGAAGUCGCCACGCUUGAUUUUCUUCGCAACGUCCUUGAUAUCCCCGUUCCUAGAGUCCUGGCCUGGAGCUCUCCGGAAUUGCAACCCAACCCGGUGGGUAGCGAAUACAUUCUCAUGGAGCGGGUGAGAGGACGCCAGUUGAGCCGGGUUUGGGAUGCCAUGUCUGAAGCUCAGCGCUUCGGUCUGGUUAAAAGCCUAGUAGAGAUUGAGAGGAAGUUGGCGAGCGCACAGUUUACGAACCAUGGCAGCCUAUACUACAAGAAUACAUAUCCGUAUGGCAGGAGCGCCAUUGGUCCUAGCUCGAAUGAUGAGCCUAUUGGGAAGUUCGUCAUCGGCCCAACAACUGAGCGGUCUUUUUGGGAAGAUGAGAAGCGUGGACUAGAUAUUGACCGGGGCCCUUGGGAGACUGCACAACAAUACCUUUCAGCUGUUGCGAACCGUGAGAUUGCCUUGAUCCGAAGUCUAGGCUCGAGUAAUUAUAGAGACAUCGCAUCUCUUUCGGCUAGGACACCAUCAGCCCGUGACAAACAUGUUCGGCUUAUUGAACAGUUUCUAACUCUGCUCCCACACAUAUUACCACCGGGACAGCUUUGUAGUCCUGUACUGCUGCACCAUGACCUUCAUUCAGACAAUAUAUUUGUUGACGACGCGGAUCCCACAAAAAUAUCAAGCAUAAUCGAUUGGCAGGCAGUGUAUUCCGCUCCACUAUUCAUGCAGGCAAGGUUUCCUUCGGUAUUUGAUUGCGAUGACCAGUAUCCAUGGGGCGCUGUUCAACCUGAAUUGCCAAAAGAUUUCGAUACCCUCUCAGAAACGGGAAAAGAGUUGGCUAGAGACAAACUUGCCAGGAUUAGAUUGAAGAAAUUCUACGAAUUGGCUUCAAGGAAAUUCAACCCGCUUCUCGUCAAGGCCAUGGAUGUCAUGAGAAAUGAUGAUGACCCUACAACCUUCAUUUUCCAUAUUGUCGGACGGUCUUCCCUCGAUGGACCGAUCCCGCUCAAAGAACUUCUUAUCCAGACGUAUGAGAAAUGGGACCAAAUAGCGAAGCGGAGAGGUUUGGAGAUACCAUGCCCGAUUUCAUUUUCGCAAGAAGAAAUUGAAGAAAGCCGUCAGCAGGCGACUGCAUGGGCGGACGCGUAUACAGAGCUUGACACUCUGCGAACGCAAGUCAUGGGUAAAGAUGGCUGGGUCUCUCACGAGGAAUUUGAAGACGCCAUGCGCAGAUGGGAAGACAACAGAGCAACUUUUGAAAUGCUUCGAGAGCGACUAGAAAAGUUGCUUUCAUAA